AUGGUUUUGAUUAAUGGGGUCAAAUAUGCAUGUGAUCGUUGCAUACGUGGCCACAGAGUGACUACAUGUACUCACACUGACCAACAUUUGACGAUGAUCAAACCUAAAGGUCGUCCAGCUUCACAAUGUCAUCAUUGUCGAGAAAAUAGAAAGCAGAAAAGUGUCCAUGUGACUUGUACUUGUGGGAAAAAGAACAAAUUACCACGAUCAUCGUCAUCUACUUCCAUAAACUCAUCGACUAUCCAUGAAACUGGGUGUGCGUGUCACAAGACUACUCAUUGUACUUGUGGGCCCUCACUGGGAGUAAGCCUGACAACAAAGAAGAAUAAGGAGACCGAUACAGUUAAGAUGAGAGCUUUAUUGGAGGGUGAUAUAGUAAAGAGAUCUAAUUCGUUACCAACGCGACCACGACCAAAGAAAAGAGGCUCGCCCGGUGAAAUCGGUACAUCCUCCAAUGAAGAUAACAACCAUGUGCAAGACCAAAUGGAUUAUGGGUUCAUACGUCCCAAUGAAACACAACUUGAAAAUCCAGAACUUAGUGACAAUUUUGUUAUUGAAGAUAUCUUGAUGCCAUUUGAAACUAAGAAGGGAUUGUUUGAUUUGUUUAACAAGCAAGACGAUCAAGAUGGAUCUAAUUCAGUGGUUAGUGAUGGUAGAAAUAAUGUCAGCCAGCAGUUUAGCAUCGUCACUUCGCAAGGGGAGGAAGAAGGAGAAGGAGAAGGAGGAGAAGAAGAAAACGAAUCUCCCAGAAGUAGAGUCAAACAAGAAGAUUCAAGUGAGAGGACUUCGGUAUUUAGUCCUGAUCGGUCUAAUCCAAGCCCUGGUGGGUUCGAAGUCGUGGAUCACAUGUUUCCACUUUUCCCUCUUAUUGGUGGUCCAAGUUUUGAUAAUGAGAAUAAACCAUUGCUGGGAAUACCAGCCAAUGCAAGAGUACCAGUUCCUCAUCAACCAACACCAAUAAGACCCCUGUUGGCAUCUCAAGAUACCAACCUGAACAGCUCACUUCCAUCAGCCACAGAGUCCAAUCAUAACAUCAACUUUGGUAGUAGUUUUGACACAAAUGUACAAAAUACUCAUUUUAACCAACACCUGCGAGGUCCAAAACGUCCAGAAAGUGUUUUAUCGAUAGCAUCUAAUUCAUCUGCCAGAUCUUUUGAUUUUAUGGGCAGCAAUAAUUAUAAUAACUACAACAACAAUUCCCUACUUAAUGGAGGUAUUCCUUCGUCGGCAAACUCUACAGCUUUCCCCCCUUCUGGAGCUGAUGAAAACAAUUUCACAGGAACUGAGCCCAAUGAUGACCAUAAUACUAUGAACCAUCAUUUUGGUAAGACGGGGCUCGGUGCUGGCAAGUUUGGAUCGCAGUUGAGCAAAAUAGAGAGUGAAAUGUAUACUGAUACAUUUUUCGAUGAGAAUUGCAACGAACCGUUUAGCGAUGAAGCCAUGAAUUUUGGAGGUGUAGGAGUGGAUGAUGUAAAUAUGCAACAAGAUCGACCACAGUUGUCAGAAGUGCUAUCUACACCAACAAAUUUUUACCCAGUUAACAAUGAUGGAAAUAACAAUGACCAAGAUGGCUUUCAACAUGGUAACAAUGGCAUCAUGGUAUCCGAUAUGACAAACUUGUCAGGUAAUGAGCCAUUGGCAUCUUCGCAAAACACGUCGAUUGGUGAUUUGCCAUUCUCGAAAAGCAACGAAGCUCAACGUCCAGACGAUUCAAAUGCAUCUGGAUUAAUUGGUGCCGAUAUGCCUAUAUUUCAAGGGUUUGCUAUACCGUUGGUCAAUACACCAAAGUGA